GACCGGUGGAAGAUCGAUGGGGCGUCCAUGCGCGGUUUCUACCUCCACAGCGAGAGCGGUUAUUUGUACAUUUGGAACCAGGCGACCGGAACGCUUUACGAAUACGAGCAGUCCACCGGCCAGUGCCAGACUGUAUGGAGCUCGGCCGCCCCGCAGGUCAACGCUGAGUUAUGGACGGUACUUCCGCUCCCUCCAACGGACCCCGCAGCAUUGCAGGCGAACUGCGCGUCGGGGGACCUGCUCCCGAACUCGGACGUAUAUCUGGUGCUGACAGUGGCGCACGAGUCCGGGCGCCAGAUACCCGAGGACUUGCUCCUGGCAGGCGUCGAUGAGUUCUGCGCCCGGCUCGAGAUCGACGCCUACGCGAG